ACAGGGUCGCAGGGCAAGUAUUUGUGCGCCUCGCUUGGUCCACUCACUUCCCCCACCCACGCCACACGCCACACCCUCCACCCAACAACAACCAUGCCAUCGCCAACAUCCUCCUCUGACGAACUGCCUUUCGGCAUCAGCGAAGACCUCGUCCAAUCGCCCGCCCACAAAGCCGCCGGAAUCUCGGAAACAACGUUUGAUGGCCUCCUCGCCACGCCGCUGAAGCUGCACGAAGACCUCAAGGAGGGAUGUGGCGGCCAGCUCUGGCCCGCCGGCAUGGUGCUGUCCAAGUACAUGCUCCGCCAACACAGGGAUACGCUCAAGGGCAAAUCAAUAGUCGAGCUUGGUGCCGGAGGGGGACUGGUUGGGCUGGCCGUGGCCAUGGGUUGUGAGACGGACGAGCCUGUGUGGAUCACAGACCAGCUCCCCAUGUUUGCGCUCAUGAGGAGAAAUGUUGAGUUGAAUGGUCUUGAGGGUCGCGCGAAGGCAGCCAUUUAUGACUGGGGCAGCGCAGUUCCGGACGGGCUGCCGAAUUCGCCGGAUGUAAUUCUAGCGGCGGAUUGUGUCUAUUUUGAGCCUGCGUUUCCGCUGCUUCAGCAGACACUCAGGGAUCUCAUUGGAGAGAAUACGACGUGCUACUUCUGCUUCAAGAAGAGAAGAAGGGCAGAUCUGCAGUUCAUGAAGGCCGCGAGGAAGAUGUUCAAUGUUGAGGAGGUGGAAGACCCAGAUCGGGAGAUCUAUGGGAAGCAGAGCAUAUUCCUAUAUAAAUUUACUAAGAAAGCAUGAUCACGUGCUGUCGCUUUGGCACUCUCAGCUAGGAGGCACCAACAUAUUCAACACCUUGAGAGAAACAGGACACAGGACACAGGACACCAAGCACAGAGUCGUCUAGAAAACAUCAAGCUGAGU